AUGUCAACUGGCAAAUCACCAGCUGUGGUAGACAUGCCAAAGGUCGGUGAGGCCAUACUGAAGCUCAAUGAUGGAAACAAGAUGCCAAUGCUGGGAUACGGAUUAGGCACGGUAUUACACAAAAGAUCCCGAGACGAAAAGAGCGAGGCGAUUGUCAUAACGACGAAACUCGCAAUUGAACAUGGGUUUCGCCAUCUCGAUUGUGCCGACCUGUACAAUAACGAGAAAGAACUCGGGGACGCUGUGCGAGCUUCUCCGAUCCCUCGGUCAGACCUUUUCAUAGUUACAAAGCUAUGCGGGACUGAAAAAAGGGACGUCAAGGCUGAGUUCGAGGGCUCUCUGAGCAGACUUGGUCUUGCUUACGUGGACCUUUAUCUUGUGCAUGCGCCUUACAUGGCAGACAAUGCAAAGGAUCUGCAGCACGUGUGGUCUCAAAUGGAAGAGAUCAAACGGUCUGGAAGGGCUAAAUCAAUUGGGGUAUCAAACUUUCUGCAAGAACACAUCGAGGCUAUCUUGGCGACGGCUGAAAUUCCUCCUGCUGUCAACUCGAUCGAGUACCAUCCUUACCUCCAACGUGGUGCACUGAUCGAUUUCCUCAAGUCACGAAAUAUUGCAGUUUCAGCAUACUCGACCCUCACGGCACUGACCGAGGAAGCCGCAGGACCAGUCAACAAGCUCUACACCCAAUUAGCCCGUAAAUACAACGUAUCAGAGACAGAUAUAGCUUUGAGAUGGUGUCUGGAUCAGAACAUAGCAGCUAUCACUACCUCUCGCAAAGGGGAUAGGCUGAAGGCUUUAUCCAAGAAUCUGCCCACAUUCAAACUUACUAAAGGAGAGAUCGACAGUAUUUCGCUUGCUGGCCAGUCAAAGCACUAUAGAAAGUUUCUUACAGACCGCUUUGCGCCAGAGGACCGGCAAUAA